AUGAUCAUCCCUUUUGCUCAUCAUCCGUCGUUCAAUAUCGCAAAUCUAAACGAUUCGGUGUAUUUUAACUACAAGGGAGCUGAGAUUGUCUCGUUCGUCACCAGUGUUCGCCAUGCGCUCUCGACAUUCCUUCUCGCGGUUCUCGCAUUGACAGCACUCGGCCUUCGUCUACUAGGCAAUAAAUCCAGACGCCACAUUGAAAUAACCAUAAUUCUGUUCGCCACAAUUCUCAAUGAUGUUGUCUUCAACAUGAUUGCCGGCGAGAAUUUUCUACCGGAAACUCUCAAACGCCUCAGCAAUUUCAACGCCUUCAUCGAUUUGUUCUUAACGAAUCUGCUGAUUUUGGUGUUCGGCAAGAUAUCGGCUAUCAAUAUUUUUAAAGCAUAUUUCCGAAUCAAUCAUGACAAAUAUUUUAAGAACAGGCAAGCCAUUUUAAUCAAGCUCAUCAUGUCGAUUGAUUCCAGAUGGUCGAAUCCGCUGAUUCUUGCGAUUCUUGCGUUUUUGGCCGUCUUAUUAUCGGAGCUUUUCAAAGAAAAGAUGCGUCUUCAACGAAUUCAUCACAACAAUUUUGGAAUUCUGGAUUUUUCGCCUUAUGAGAAUAUUAAAAAUGGGUUCCUUUUGACGCAACUGAUAUUCCAACUGCUCUCAUGCCUCGCAAUUCUUCCAAUUGUCCGCCAAGAGCGCGAGCGAGUUCGCAUGAAGCAGAAAUCUCGAGCUUCAUUCGUGCGAACUUUCAAGCACAUGGCAUUCGAUGAGAUUGUUCUGCUCGCUUUCACGGCGAGCUACGCCUCCGCAUUGGCCGUCGCAUUCGGCUCACGGCUCGAUGCGCGCGAUUUUGCGAAUCAGGCGAUUUGCCGACUCGCACAUCUCAUUCCGAUGAGCAUCUACGCGAUUAUUACCAUCACUGGAAUGUUUCCGUUGUCGAAGAGAAGGGUCAAAAUCACGUCGUCAAAUCCAACGAUUACGAAUAUUACUUAUAUUGAUUAG